GUGGGCAUCUUAGAUCACAAGCAGUCUUUGAAUUACAGCUGAAAAUGCGAGAUGUGCAGUUUUAUUAAAUUUCUUCUUCUCUGCUAUAAUGUUGCAAUUUUGGUCAAUUCUCUAAAUGUACGAAGGCUUCGUCCAGGUUGUCGAAUCGAAGAUGGCUAUCACAGAUGUUCUUUAACUGGACGAUGUCAAAAACGAGAAGGUGUUUUCGAUGAUAGGUGUGAGAAUGAAAGAGUGAAUUGUACGGAUGAUGAAUUUACAUGCCGUGGAAUCAAUAGAUGUAUACCAAGAAUGUUACUGGGAACAAAGAAUGGUUGUAUUCUGGGAAAGAAAGGAGUCAUUACUCUUCCCUGCAGGCCCGAUGAAUUUACCUGCGGAAAAAGCAGGCUAUGCUUGCCCAGGUGGGCAGUAAUGGAUGGUAACGUAAAUUGUAAAACUAACGAAGGUGAUGACGACAGUGAUGAAAUGGUACCUCUUAAUGCUUGCAAUGAAAGUGAAUUUAAUUGCACGAACGGAAGAUGCAUUCCGCGGGAAUGGGUUUUUGAUAAAAAUGACGAUUGCAAAAAUGGUGAAGAUGAAAUUGGACCUUUCAGACAUUGCGACAAUGCUGAAGAAUUCCGAUGUGAUAACGGACAAUGUGUAAAAAGAUAUCGAGUGAAUGACGGACACCCAGAUUGCGAAAAUGCUACUGAUGAAAGAAAACAGUUAGCGGAAUGCAUAAGUACGACAGAAUUUCGUUGCAAUGAUAGCGGAAGAUGUAUACCGCGCAACUGGGUUGUGAACGGAAUUAAAGAUUGUAGAGAUGGCAGCGAUGAAGUGAUACUUUGGAAGCAAACUUGCUCACCGAAUGAAUUUUCUUGUCACAACGGGCGUCGAUGCAUUUCGUCUAAAUAUUUAUGUGACGGAAUGGAUCAUUGUGGCGAUUGUAGCGAUGAAAUAGAAGGAUGCAAUGAAGCACGUAUGUGGAGGUGUCCUCUCGACUCAUCAAUUUGCAUACCGCAGUCCUACGCCUGCGAUGGAUUCCAAGAUUGUCCAAAAGGAAUCGACAACCCACAAUACAUGCCUGGUUUUAAGUGUAGAAAAACUGUAUUAGGAACAAAAGAAGAAAUGUGUAAUAUUCCUCAAUGGACAUUACAUGAUAAUCACACUAUGUGCGAAGACAAAUCAGACUUAUGUUUCAAGAAUAAUUCAUUUAAUUGCGCUCGUUGUGUAUCUGACAACAAAAUAAUAGCGAAACGUCAAAUGUGUGAUGGCGUCAUUGAUUGUACAGAUUUAUCAGAUGAAUGCCUUUGUAAUUCGAACCGAAAUAACGUCGAUUUGAUGAAAUUGUGCAAUUCGAUUUGUUAUCAUUCUAACAAAUGUGGCGGUCUUAAUAACUGUCAAGUCGGAGAGUUGUAUUGUCAUACGAACAAAAAAUGUUUAGGCCUUUCAAAGGUUUGUGAUGGUGUUGUGGACUGUCCAAUUUUAGCGAUUGACGAGAAGCAAUGUAUCCUGCCUGUCAAGGACGUUGUUGCAAUACAGAACACUACUGAUUUUGAUUGUUGGAAAGUUUCAGAUGAAAUUUUGGAAAUAGGACAGGCUUUAAAUCUUAUGGAAAUAUUCAACAAUGUAUAUUCAACGCGUGGUAAAAAGUGUGAUGGUGUCAUCAAUUGUGCUCGCUUCGAAGAUGAAUGCAAUGCGGAAUGUUGUGUGCCAGAAUGCGAUAAAUUCAAACUCUCAAAAAUAACCUUCAAUGUAUUUAUUUUUAGUGGAGAACUAAAAGUCCGGGCAUGUAGUGAUUUCGCGACGCAAUUUGCUUACGAUUAUACAAACUUUGUCAUCGGAGAGUCAAUAUGCAAUGGAAUCAAAGAUUGUACCGACGGUGCUGAUGAACACAAUUGCACAGAUUAUUUUAAAUGCAACGCUGGUACAGUAGAAUCACCACUCGGCACAAGACAGCGCAUUGCCGUCAAAAAUGACAAAGUAUGUGAUUUACAAUCAGACUGUCUGGAUCAAUCAGAUGAAAAAGGCUGCAGUGAUUUGACUCAUUUUUAUUGCAAAAGCGGAAGCCCUCUCUUUGUUCCAUUUUCAUCAGUAAUGAACGGCAAACAAGACUGCGAAGACAACACCGACGAAUGUCCAGACAACUGGAAUGACCUAAACCCGUUAUCUUCGCCAGAAGAAAUGAUUAGACUUUCGUUUCUCCGUUAUUUCAUCUGGUUUAUGUCAUGUAUCGCAAUUCUAGGAAACCUCGCCGUUAUUAUAGAAACUUGUUACUCUGAAUUUGGCCCACAGUCUAGUGCGCAAAGCCCAAUGAGUCGAUGUAACAGAAUACUGAUAAUAAACCUGGCAAUAUCUGAUUUCCUCAUGGGUGUCACCCUGCUUAUAAUUGGAAUUAAGUCAGCUUCAAUGUCCGGAGAAUACUGUUUAAAAGACAGGCAAUGGAGGAUCAGCGCUUCAUGUAACGCAAUUGGGGUUAUGACUGUAUUAUCCAGUGAAACAUCUGUUUUUUCUCUGGUUGCCUUGACCAUGUAUCGCUUUUAUGGGAUUCAUCGACCGUUUCAAAGCAGGAAUGUAAAACCAAAAUGGGCUAUCGCUGCGGUGAUUAUAACGUGGAGCUUGUCCCUUUUCUUAGCUGCGUUGCCUCUGAUUCCGUCAAUUAAUCAAACCAUGGUACCCGAAGUACUUACAAGGCCAUCGAUGUACUUUGAAAACACUGUCGUAUCAUGGGAUGACUACAGAAUUUUUGCAGAACGAAUUGCUGUUCUUGGACGCCGUGUGAAUAAAAUAUCAACAAACUUUGAAACUUGGGAGGAUGCACGUAAUAUGUUGGAAAGUAUUUACAAGGACUUUGCUCCCAGUGUACUCGGUUACUUCGGCUUCUACAGCGCCGAUGGAGUCUGCAUUCCAAGAUUAUUCAGAAUAAGCGGAAGACCGUCUCUCCACGCGUUAUCUUUGUUUAUAAUAACUCUGAAUUUUUGUAUCCUGCUGUUCAUCAUCAUUGCUUAUUGUAAAAUAUACCACAAGUCAACAAAUAGAAAAGUCAAGGGCAGUGCAACAAAGCACGAUAAUCGGAGUACAGUAAUGCAAAGAAAAAUCACAAUACUAAUUGCAACGGAUCUGUGCUGUUGGCUUCCAAUUUGCGUUAUGUCUAUAGCAAGUCAAGUUGGAACGAACUUCUCGGGAGACGCAUAUGCCGUUGCUGCGAUUCUUCUGUUACCAAUCAACAGUUCACUAAAUCCUAUUAUAUACUCAAGUGGUUUUGCCGUUGCCCGAGCAGCUCUUUCUCACAGCACUGUCGAAGUUCGAGCUUCUAUCAGACGCCGUCUAACGCGAAAGCCUGAUCCGGAAUUACAGCAAGAUAUCGCAAUGCAUGAUAGUGGGAAAACAGGCGUCCAGUCGCUGUCUUCAACAUCAGCACUCAAUACUUAGGCGCUAGCCAAUGUCUCUCCAGCUGUGGAACGCGAAAUUGACUUAUUAAAUUGAUUGAUUUGCUAAAUUAUCGGAAUUAUACUGUGAAGAUUCGAUCUCACAACACAUUUAUUUUUGAUUGGUUGGUCUGAUUUGAUUGGCUUGGAUUGGCCCAAGUUUAUCAACCUGACGGUACCCAGCGGCAACAGAGAACACUCGAUUGAAACACCUCAUGAGUUUUAUUACAAUUCCGUCAACGUAUACAGAAUACAAUGUACACAAAAUUAGAUCAAUUCUUAUUCUGAUUAGCAUUGAAAGUAUAGCAGAAGAUAUAGGUCUUAACUACGUAUAUCAAUAUAUUAAAUGAACUAGCCAAUGAAGGAUCUUACGUCAUAUUCACGUUCUUGGCUUUUUCGGUUUUAGUAAUUAAACGUUAUUAAAAGUGAUUUCUCAAAAACAACCUCUCAAAGUUUCCAAAGCAGAAACAAGCUGUAACUUGUGCUGAGAAAUUGAAAAUGACGUUUUGUCUUUAUGAAAUUAGACUGAAAAAUAAUAAAUAAUAUGUAGUUAUGUUUAAAGAUAGUAUUACAUAAGUAAAUAUAGUCAUUCCUGGGAUAUUUAUAUUUGAGUUAAUUUGGUAUUAACAAUAGGACAUCAAUUUAAAUAUAUGUCUUUUGUGUAUAUAUCUAACUUACCCAACACUACGACAUUGUGGAAGAGAAGAAGAUACCGCAGAAAUUCAAUAAAACAGCUCAUCUUGCAUUUACUACUGUAAUUCAAAGACAACCAGUGACAUUAGAGGCCCAUCAUUGUUUGAGAAUGUGGUUCGAAAGACGUCAUUCAUACAACAAAAGAUUAGGAGAUUGGACCUUGUGGAUACUGCUAACCACUGACACAAUGUUUUUAUUACCUUUGCUACAACUACGCCCAGGGUACAUCGAAUACACAUUCAAUAGAAACACUUAAAAUACUAUUUUGAUAUUGUCUGUUAACACAUUUUUAUGCAUGAACUUCCGUCCGGCUAACUGUUCUCCAGACAGUUGAAUGUUAUCGUUCAAAUCUGGCAUAGGUUGGUAGGCCUAUAUACCGACGUCUUACUGGCAAGAAUAAUUUCGUAAAUUAACGCGUGACUCAUUUAUACUUAAUUUUCUCACCAUUAGUUGGGAGUAUGUUAGCACGCAAUCUUAUUCAUUGAAAAAUGACAUUGUAUACGCAGUCGUAAAUUUACAGUGUGUAUAUUCCAAAUACAGACUUAUUUAUGUCGAAUCUCGUCCUAAUUUAAGAAAUAAGAAACUAUACAGAUGUUUCAUGAUCAUUUCGUAAUAAGAUGCACAAU